AUGGAAGCGAAAUCCGUCGACGCGGACUUCAUUUUUCGCAUCUUUACGGUUUGUCAGCACGAUAUCCCAACUAUAGUAAUUGACGUUCGCCCACACAAAGAAUUCAAACACAACCACAUUGCCGGGGCAUUUUGCGUCCGUCUCUCAAGCAACGGUCAAGUCCUUGCAGACUAUAGCGCAUCUUCGUACAACAUCAAAUGGGCGCAGGACUGUUGGUGGGGCCGCAACGUCCUUGUGUACGGCGAGGAGGGCCUCAAAAAGGACCAUCCUGUCGUACGAUUUUUAUCGACUCAAGGGAAAUGCCGGGCACUGCAUUACUAUAAGGAUGGGUACGGCGCUUUUGAACGGCGGUACCCCUCCUUGUGCACGCCCUCCGUGAAGGCAGCAAGCAUCAAGAGAUACCCCUCCCAAAUCAUUCCGGGCUUCCUCUAUCUCGGGGACUGGGACAGUGCAACCGACUUCGAACGACUGGAGGAACUCAACAUUCGCCGCAUCUUGACCAUCCACAAUCACCCAGAGCGACUGCGGCCCCCCGCCAACAUCCGCCACCUGAGACAACAGCUCCCCGAUGUGGAAGACGCCAACAUUUCGGAGCUAUUCUCUCAGGCGUACGACUUCAUGGACGAGGGUCGAGAACGGGGGCAAGCCCAGAGAGCCAAAGACUUGGUUUCGGAGCGGAGAAGUGUGGUGGCGCUGAACGACGGGUUCUGGUUGACGCUGUGCGCUUUGGAGCCUUCCUUGGGGAUUGCUGAGAGGAGUGACCCAACCGCUACCGCCGGCUUCAGAGGAGCCGACGCUCCGGAACCACAACAGCUAAAGGUGCAGCUGAGUAAGGACGCAGCGGGUGGCAAGGUGCCGGUCAGAAUGUUGACCACCAGGGAAGUGCGGGAGGAGACGGGCGCCACCGGGGGAGGCGGGGACGGGGGUACUGCGGCGGCGGGUGUAAAGCGGCGCGGCGAGGGGGGCCCGGAGGGAGAGGAGGCCAACGGCGGCGGCGGCGGCGGCGGGGUAAAGCGGAGUCGGCUGGACGGCGGCGAGGGCACGAUGCCUGCUUCGUCCCUCGAUGGUGGCGGAGGCGGAGGCGGCUUCCGCUUGUCCUUUGCAGUUCGCAAACCCGAGGGCCUUAUGGGCCGACUGGAUGUGGGCCCUAUGCGCCCCACUCAGCGGCUAGUUCUAGGUCGCUCCACAGAUUGCGAUGUGGUUUUGGAGCAUCCCUCCAUUAGCCGACAUCAUGCGGCGCUCAGUGUGGAUCGAACCGGGGCGGUGUUCGUCACGGACUUGCAGUCCGGUCACGGCACCAAGGUGGCUGAUGUGUGGAUAAAGCCCAACGCCCCGCGCCAACUGCAAACCGGGCAGGCAAUGGGUUUCGGAGCCAGUACACGGUCUUACAAGUUGUUAUCCGUAGCGAAGGCCUGA